UACGAGUAUUUCACUUAGUUCACUUUACACACUGAAAACGAAUGCUCGACGAGCCCCGGGUAGCCACAUAUUUAUACUUUUGCGUCUGCCUGCGCGUUCAUUUAGGGGUGGGUGCCUUAGACCUGAAAACAUUGCUCGAAAAAAAGUAUAAAGCUGAACGCGCUUGGGCACCAUUAUGAUCAGUGAGUUGUGUUUGUGAAAUCAUAAGUGAAGUGAAUAAUGCCGCCGAAAACUAGUGGAAAGGCAGCCAAGAAGGCUGGCAAAGCCCAGAAGAACAUCACCAAGACCGAUAAGAAGAAGAAGCGCAAGAGGAAGGAGAGCUACGCCAUCUACAUUUACAAGGUCCUGAAGCAGGUCCACCCUGACACCGGCAUUUCGUCGAAGGCAAUGAGCAUCAUGAACAGCUUUGUGAAUGAUAUCUUCGAGCGCAUUGCUGCCGAGGCGUCUCGUCUGGCUCACUACAACAAGCGCUCGACCAUAACCAGUCGGGAGAUCCAAACGGCUGUUCGCCUGCUCCUGCCCGGAGAGUUGGCCAAGCACGCCGUCAGUGAGGGAACCAAGGCUGUCACCAAGUACACCAGCUCCAAGUAAUUUUCUCUUGCUGCGUAUGGGCAGAAAGAUCCAAAACGGCCCUUUUCAGGGCCACAACACAUUUUACCAAAGAAACUACAUUUUCAAUAUACCAUUUGCCAAUCAAA